AUGGCUGACACAACUGACCACCGAUUUGACCAAAGCAAGCGCCACUGGAUCUCGGCGGCGAUUGAGUCUCUUGAUCCUGAGAAGGAUUACGAGCUCAUGUGGCGCUUGAUGUCGUGCUACCGCUCGUCUGACUUCAUGAACAACUUGACAUACACGUUGACUUUUCCCAACUUCAUCGUCACUCCACAUGGGGGCGAGGUGGUCUGGCGGAAGGACGGCGGCAAAGUCACAAACAACGCGACCAGCCGGGUUGAGGACACGGAGAACUACAACAUGACCUGGUGGUACUACGGCCCGAGUGACCCUCGCUGUCGCCAGUCGGUCGACCGAAUCAACAAGCUCCACGCCAGCUUUCACGAAAAGUACCCCGGCAACUUCUCACACAUGGAGGACUACGCGUACGUCGCCGCUUUCAGUGCAAUUCUCAUGCACCGACUCCGUCUGCGGCUUGGGCUUUCUGGCUUCUCCGAAAAGGAGAAGAUUGCAGCUCACCACUUCUGGCGCGAUAUGGUGCCCCUCUUCUUCGUUGAGGGCCAAGGUUAUGCGCAUGGCUUUCCCGACGACUUCGAAGGCUGCAUAAAGUACGCCGAGGACUUCGAGAACACACCCCGGGAGCACAAUGAGAAUGCCCGCCUCGUCGGACUUGCAAUAUACAACCAGUUCGCCUUCCGCUACUUCCCUCCCGGUCUGCGCUGGCUCGGUGUGGCUUUCUGUACUUCGCUCUCGCUCCCAACGACAAUGCGUGUUAUGGGCAUUCAGCCGAACAACCCGAUUGUAUCAGGAUUCGUCUUCUUGUUCGUGCGUGCGCUGAUGUGGGUCUCCGAGACUAUCCUUCCGGAUCCCAAGGAGUCUAUCAUCCGACAUUUGGAGACCAUGUCCGAUGCCAACAAGAAGCAGCGAAAGGAGGAGAUCAGGACGCUUGAUCGCAAUUAUGCGCCAUACCUGAAGCAGAAGCUGGGCUUGCACGGCUGCCCUUUCCGCGCGAAGUUGGAUUAG